AGCGUACAGUACAAUCGUAGUCCACUCUGACAUCUUCAUCAUGAUGGAAUUGGCACUUGAGGAGACAGUGGCCUCUCUGAAGUCCAAGCUGGAGUCUAGCCAGAAGCUGGUGGAGGAACAGCACUCUCAGAUGAAGGAGCUGAAGGAGCGGCAAGAGCAGCAGGCAUCACAGCUCAAGGAGCUACGCCAACACCACCAGGAUGCCAGGGUGUCCUUCAGCGCUUCUCUGCUGGAGUCGGGCUCUGGUAGCACCGGACCCUUCGAUGAGAAAACCAUCUUGAAGUACGAGCAUGUCAUCACCAACAUCGGAGGCGCCUAUGACUCAGACACAGGUGUGUUCAAGGCUCCGGUGAAGGGUGUGUACCUAUUCAGCGUCCACGCCCUGGGCCCCGGCCACGACUCCACGGGCACCGGCGUGUGUCUGUACAAGAACGACGAGCAGGUGUUGACGGCCUGGAGCCGGCAGCCGCAGGAGCGUGUGGCCGUGUCCAACAGUGUCUCGCUGCUGCUGGAGAAGGGCGACGAGGUGUGCGUGAAGCUCUGGCCCAACUCCUGGGUCUACGACAACGACAACCACCUCAGCACCUUCUCCGGCCACCUGCUCUUCCCCAUGUGAGGAGCAGAAGAGAAGACACCACCAUCCAUCGCAUUGCAUCACAUAGCAUUUGGCAUUUUUCUGAGGGAAUGCAUUUAUUAGUUUGUUUAUUUAUUUAUUUGUUUACUUAAUGUACACAGUGGCCUUUCCCCAUGUGAAGAGAAGACACCACCAUCCAUUGAGCAUUACACAAAAGCCAGCAUUUGGCUUUUUUUCUAACUAAAUACAGUCUACUUAUUCUUAUUAUUUGUUUACUGUACACAGUGGCUUUUCCCCAUAUGAAGGACUCGUUACACACGUUCUUACACACCCGCUCUGUUCCAUGUGAGUAAACCACUACAUAAAAAAGCAGAGAAUGCGCGUACAUCAUCAGUGACACAGUUUGUGGACCAAACAAGCGGACUAGAAGCAAAUAAUAAAUGUCCGCAACACUAUAUGCUCCCACAUAUGUCUAAUGGCACAUUUUGGUGAAGAGUAUUGCGGACAUUCAUUAUUUCCUUUGAGGAAACCACUACACACCAGUACUUUCCCACAUGAGGACUUCAUACACUCCUGAAGCCUUCUUCACACCUGCUCACACAUUACUUUCCCUUUUUCACCAUAGCACGCCUGCUUGUACUGCAAACUCUGCUCACCUUGCACCUACUUGUACAAUACAUCCCUCUUCUCCAUCCGAGGAAGCCAGCACAUGCCAACUGCUGUUCAACUAUUCGAUUCCUUUGAUUGUAAUGAAUUUCACAAUUGCCAAGUGUGUUUUAUUUACAGUUAUACAGUUAUUAAUUUAUUUUUUUCAAUCGUCUUUUUUAUCAACAAAACAUGUAUGAGUGUUGCCUUAGCAAAUAUGUUGAACGUUUUUUUCCAACAACUGUUUGGCCAAUACCUCCACUCAGACUAGCUAACUGCUGCUAACUGCAAUAUGAUUUUGUGGCCUAUAGACUCCUAUAAAACUGUGAUGUGCAAUACAGUUUAAAUACUUGAUGCUGCAAUGAGGUGUACCGAAAAGGCCUUGUUAAACUGUGAUGUGUGAAGCAAUACAUGAAACUAGGACUUUAUGGAAAACAACUUGUGAAGUUAAUUGUUGCUAAAAGUUAUUGGACUAGGAUGCUAAAGAAAGCAUACCGUUGCUCAAAUUUUGUGGUAAAUGGCCCACUGCAGGCCUUGUGUAGCGAACUGUUGUUAACUUCUGUAUGAUUGUAUGGAAAAGACCUUAUGAAGCUAACGUUUGCUAGCUGCUAAAAGACUAGGCCUGCAAUGACUGUAAUGAUAAAC